AUGCAUUACCUCCCCGAAAUCGACACGAAUAUUCCAUCGCUGGACCUUUUAACCCUAUUAUUUGAGUCCUCCUACUCAUGGGCAAAGGAUGAAACGGUGAUACACGCAGAAGCACGAAAUGAGACGAAUUGUCUCACGAAGAUCGAAACUGCUACCCUUAUCCGUCGACUAGCUUAUGUCCUAAGAAUUGAGGUUGGAAUUGGGGCUUUCGGUGCGGGCAAGGAUGUAGUGACUUUCAUUUGCUCAAACCAUAUUCUAGGACCAUCCUUGUUCUUUGCAAUCAUCGGAAGCGGAGGUAUCUAUUCUGCAGCGUCAACAUCAUUGACGGUGUCGGAGCUAGCACAUCAACUCCAGCAAAGUAAAAGCCAUCUCAUCAUCGCAAGCGAAGAUAUGGCUGGUACCGCUCUCGAAGCGUCACAGAUAGCCCACAUUGCGCCGGAAAGGGUCUUGGUGCUCCACCGUAUGGGUCUGGAGAGGGCCUUGACCCCGUCUGUGGAUCGGAGUCGGAACUAUCUGGGGGGAAAAAAGGAGCUCUCCUGGGAGAAAAUCACCGAUGAGAAGAUCCUAGAGACUCGGGUAGUUGCCUUACUCUUUUCCAGCGGCACCACGGGAGUCCCCAAAGGCGUAUGCCUCUCGCAUAAGAAUUUUGUGGCAGAGGCCGUGAUCACUCAGACAGCCAUUGGGACGUAUCUCGAUCGUACAGGACGACAAAAUCAGGUUGACUAUGAAUACCGCACGAUUGCGCACCUCCCAACUGCCCAUAUUUCAGGGCUCCAGGGCUAUUUUAUCAAUGCUACCAUGACCGGCGGAACGGUUUUCUGGAUGUCCAAUUAUGUCUUCGAGGACUUCGUUCAGGCAGCAAGGAAGCACCGGCCCACAUUCAUUUCCACUGUGCCGUCCAUCUACCUGCGCAUUGCCAAAAGCCUUUCUGUUUCCGUCGAGUUUCACAGUCUUGAGCAUGCCCAGUCAGGCGCUGCGCCAAUGGGCCCCGAUUUGCAGAAACUGGCCGAGACGAAGCUCAAGUGCAAGAUUAGCCAGGCAUGGGGAUUGACGGAAACCACAGGCGCGGUCACUUGGCUUCCUUGGGACCGCGAGGACAACACAGCGAGCAUCAGUCAGCUGUUACCAAACACACGCCUAAAGAUUGUCGACGAUGCCGGAGCCCCUGUCCGAGAUGGCCAUGCGGGCGAGAUUCUGGUGCGCGGUCCCAACGUGACCAUGGGGUACUGGCAGAAUCCAAAGGCCACGGCGGAGGCCUUUACUGAUGAUGGGUGGUUUCGAACCGGGGACAUUGGUGUGCGCAGGGAUGGGAAGUUUUAUAUCGUCGAUCGGAAGAAGGAAUUAAUCAAAUAUAAAGGCUUGCAGGUGGCACCAGCCGAGAUUGAGGCGGUCCUCGUGGGACAUGACAAGAUCCUCGAUGCCGGGGUGAUUGGAAUACCUGAUCCCCGCAUUCCCGGUAAUGAGAUCCCACGCGCAUUUGUUGUCCGCAAGCCGGGACAUAGCCCGAUAACCGAGGAAGAGGUCAAGGAGCAUGUUCACAACAAGUUGGCUUCACAUAAGCAACUGCGGGGUGGCGUCAAGUUCAUUGGUGAGAUUCCUCGUAACUUGUCCGGCAAGAUACUCCGGCGCAGGUUGGGGGAGGUUGAAGACCCAGAGAGGCCCUCUAAGCUGUGA